AUGGCCCCCAACAGGAAGAAGAGGAAGCCUGCUUCAAAUCCAGCCAGAGGUUUUACAACAAUCUCAGUACCAUCGAAGCUGAAGGCGCCUGAAUCUUCAGCAUUAUUUUCUUCCGCCAAUGUGCCAAUGGAGCCUCAGCCGGAGUCACGAUCUCAAACGGCUUCCGUCGGGGCCCAAGAACAGCCUGAGCUUCAGCAGCUAUCCCCAGAUGAGCUCCAAAAGCACCUUGAGGAUGCUGAGCUACAGCUGCUGGUGGAAAAGUAUGGCGCAAAAUUACUGAAGUUGGAGACAGAGAAACGUAUCUUGCGGCCCCAGGCUUCAAAUCUAAAUGUUACGGACUGGCUAUCUCCUGAAAUUCUCAACGAAAUUAUGGAAAAAGAGAAACUGGAGAUAAAUCAAUACAGUGAGCAAAGCUCUAAAGCUGAAAUGGAAGAGACCCAGAUAUGUUCGGAAGAGGAGCUCUCCAUAAAACUUUGGACUCUUCGAGAGUCGCUUCUAGGCUUGGGCUUUACACAGCUGGAUGUUGAGGAAGCGCUGAAGGCUACUCUGAAACUUUCUUUCAAUAAUUCAGCCGCUCUUAAAGACAUUAUAUGGGGCUUAGACCAAUCUUUAGAGUGGCUUGCGAUGAGUUGCGAUGAGAACGAUCUGCCAGCAUACGACAAGCUUCGCAAUAACGACUCGAAGAUUGCUACCAACGAUGCUAACCUCCAAACGAAGCGUCCGCUAAAUAUCGAUAGCACUGGUUAUAAUACAUCAAGCGAUACUCGCCCAAAGGAUCAGGGAAUUCAAGCCAAAACAGGACUGAACCUAGCCUGCCAUAGCUCUGAUGAGUCUGACUGUGAUCCGGAUUUUCUUGUUCCUAAAUAUGUUGAAAUCCAAACGCAACUUUACGUGCAACAACCAGAUUUGUUUAACCAGGUGAAUAAGAGGCAAAGAAAAGGGGUUUCAUCGUUAACACCAGAGAAUGAUAAGACUUCGCUUAACGCUGCUAAGCUUAAGAACAAACUUUCAAGGAUCGAAAAUGACAUUUUGUUUGACCGCGAUCAGGCAGAGAAUAUGUGGCAAAAUAAACUCGCUGAGCUAAGAAAAGAUACCGCGAAAUUCUUACGAAAUGCCGUCGCUAAAGAACAGCAAAUUGAGCCGCCUCCUGCUGAGUUGAAAGACACCCAAAUCCAGGACGCCUCUGACAAACUGGCCGAGUCUAUAUGUUCAGGCUCAAAUGAAAAUGAUGAUAUGUUAGGCGGUUUGUUUGGUGCUGAUUUGGAAGGCCCUUCGGCACCAUCUUCGAGUUCUGGGCCAAAUGGCAGCACAAUCAUACGCAAUAGGGAUUUUGGAAAUCCAACGGGCAUGAACCCACGACGAGUCCUCGAGGAAGCGUGCCGGGCAAGAGACAUAUCAUCAUCGCCUUUCUCUCAUCGCAAAGAGAUUGAAAUUAGAUGGUCAAAGGCACAGGAUAUCGCACCGCAACCACCACUGGGUGACAUAUCAUUCAGAAGUGAUUCGCAUUUAGUAUACGCAUCUAUGUCCUCAAUAUCCACUCCUACUCCCUUACAAGCUGAAUCUUACAUAUCUACUGUGGCUCUUUUUGCAAUACUUUCUCAUUCUCAGAAAGAGAAUAAAAUUUACAUGAAAUUACCUGCCGUGUGGCGGGAUCUAUGGGACGAACUUACUCAUGUUAAGAAACAGUAUGAGGACGAAGUUGAUAAAGGAAUUCUGAAGGGCAUUCAAAAGCUAGUCCAAGAGAAAAUGUCAACGCUGGAGGAAGAUGUUAUUCUUUUAGGAGGUUUCGUGAAACGGAAAGGUGGAAUCAAUUCUCCUAUUCCGCGGGAAACCAGUGUGUCAAAACAAACUGCCAGGACGCAUGAACAGCUCCAAAAUCUCUGGACGCAAAGAUCCUCAACAUCUUCUUUCGUUUCUAUGGAAUCUUUCCGAAAGACGUUACCCAUAUGGCAGUUCAAAGACCAGAUUUUAGACACCCUUGCAAGCAAACAAGCAAUAAUUAUCUGCAGUGAAACGGGGAGCGGGAAAAGCACUCAAGUGCCAUCGUUUAUACUCGAAAAGGAACUGCUAUCGGGCCGUGAUUGCAAAAUUUAUGUUACCGAACCUAGACGAAUUUCAGCCAUGUCCCUGGCUAAAAGACUGAGUGACGAACUCGGAGAGGAUAAAAACGCUGUAGGGACAAACCGCUCCCUUGUUGGAUAUGCUAUUAGAUUGGAAAGUAAAAUUUCAAGUUCGACACGACUAAUAUUUGCCACAACAGGUGUUGUCGUUAGAAUGCUAGAGCGUCCUAGGGAUUUCGAGGAUAUUACACAUCUAGUAUUAGAUGAGGUACACGAACGUACAAUUGACAGCGAUUUCCUUCUGAUUAUACUCCGCAGGCUGAUGCAGGAAAGACCAGAUCUGAAGCUUGUAUUGAUGUCAGCUACAGUAGAUGCCGCACGGUUUUCAAAAUAUCUCAAUGGCGCCCCUGUAUUGGAUAUUCCGGGUCGGACGUUUCCUGUUGAAGUUAAGUACCUGGAGGAUGCUAUCGAGAUUACGAAGCAUUGUCCAAACAAUGAUGGACUUUCUGCACUAACAGACGACGACGACGACGAGUUGCCAGACCAAUCGCAUGACAAGCCUACAGGAGACUUAUCAUCCUCUUUGGUUGGAUACAGUAGGCAAACCCGGGAAGUUGUAACUGGAAUUGAUGAAUAUCGCCUAGACUACAAACUCAUAGUCAGUCUCCUUUUAGCGAUUACAACAAGAAAGGAAUUUGAGCAAUACAGCAAAGCCAUUCUCGUUUUCAUGCCUGGAAUGGCAGAAAUUCGGCGGCUAAGUGACCAAAUCUUAUCCGAGCCGUUAUUUAACAAAAGCGAUUGGGUCAUACAUGCGCUACACUCCUCAAUUGCUAGUGAGGAUCAAGAAAAAGCAUUCCAUGUUCCACCUACAGGCGUGAGAAAGAUUGUGAUCGCAACGAAUAUCGCAGAAACAGGCAUUACGAUUCCCGACAUUACGGCGGUUAUUGAUACGGGCAAAGAAAAAGUUAUGCGGUUCGAUGAGAAACGACAGCUAUCCAAAUUAGUUGAAUCGUUCAUAGCGCGCGCCAACGCAAAACAGCGUCGAGGGCGUGCGGGUCGAGUACAGAGAGGCCUUUGCUUCCAUUUGUUCACAAAGUUUCGACAUGACAAAUUGCUUGCAGAACAACAGACACCUGAAAUACUCCGGCUUUCGUUACAAGAUCUCAUCCUUCGGGUAAAAAUAUGUAAUUUGGGAGAAGUCGAACAGACACUUUCGGAAGCCAUCGACCCUCCCUCACCCAAAAAUAUUCGCCGUGCCAUCGAAGCUCUUAAAGAGGUCAAGGCAUUGACGAAUUCGGAAAAUUUGACUCCACUCGGUAGACUACUUGCGAAGUUGCCUUUGGACGUCUUCCUGGGCAAGCUCAUUAUAUAUGGGGCGUUUUUUAAAUGCUUAGACAGCGCUGUUAGCAUUGCCGCUAUUGUUUCAUCUAAGUCUCCAUUUGUCAAUACGGUUGGCUCUAACACACAAAGAGAGCUCGCCAAACUUGCGUUUAAACGAGGAAACUCCGAUCUUCUUACUGUUUAUAAUGCCUAUUUAUCCUGGAAACGGCACCGAGGUACUCCGGGAAUGAGUGAAUAUGCAUUCUGCAGGAAAAAUUAUCUAAGUUCUCAAACCUUGCAGAAUAUCGAAGAUGUGAAAAUGCAGCUCUUGACAUCAAUUGUUGACUCGGGACUCAACCGAAUCUUGAUCCUGCGGAGAAAGAUUCCCUUAUUAGAGCUCGCUUUACCGGCCGCCAACGCCAAUUCUUCACCGUACCCAAACGGAUGGAUAUCAACAGCGAAAAUGACAUAA